CGGUCAAUGCGCAUGUCUCCUUGGAUGCGGAAGUAAACAAACUUUGACAGCUCCAAACAUGUGAUUUCGUGUUCAGGUCGACAAACUGCGAACAACACGUGUAAACACAGAAAAACAAGUAGAUAAAACGUUAACAAUUUGAACUAUCAUUUUCAAAAUCGAGUGCAAACGGAGAAGGCAUGACUGAUUUAGCAUUUAAAGAUUCCGACUUCGAGUUGGCUUGCAAGGAAUUAGAAGAACCACAAACUGAGGGCUGGGAGUUCUUUACAGAAUCUCACGGUGUCACUAUUUACAGAAUGUACAAUGAGAAAUCAGGACUAUACGAGUACAAAGUAUAUGGGAUAUUAGAUGAUGUUCUGCCAGAUGUAUGUGCUCAGGUGUAUAUGGAUCUAGAAUACAGGAAAAAAUGGGACUCAUAUGUUAAUGAAUUAUAUGAAACAGAAGCCAUGGGGAGGAAGUAUAUCUACUGGCAUGUAAAUUAUCCAUGGCCCAUGUCACACAGAGAUUAUGUAUAUGCUCGUUCAUUGCGGGAGAUGGAUUAUAAUGGUAAGAAGAUAUGGGUUGUCAUGGCGAAGAGCGAGAAAGUCGCUUCAAUUCCUGAGAAAGAUGGCGUUAUACGUGUUGAAGAUUAUAUACAAAGUUGUGCUCUUACGACAGAUGGAAAAUGUGGCUCUAAAGCAUAUAUGAGGUAUUAUGAUGACCCAAAAGGAUCCAUUCCAACAUGGCUGAUAAACUGGGGUGCCAAGACUGGGGUGCCAGGAUUUUUAACAAUGAUGCAAGCUGCAUGUAGAAAAUACCCAGAAUACCUCAGAGAAAAACAGGCACAGGUGCAGUUGUCAUGACAACCACCAGACUCUUAAUUAGCUGUCAAAAUUAUUCAUUUGUUCAUUAUCUUAUCAAACCAUCUUUGAUUUUUAUACAAAUUUAUUGAAACUGCAAAGAACUUGUGGUAGCUCACCAUUUCAUAAAUAAUAUGACAUCAAAAUUGAUAUACAUGUAUGAAAAACCAACACUUUGUGCACCAGUUGUAUUUCAGACAGUGGAGUAAUGUUGAUGAGUGUUCUGAUGCCUAUCACAUUAAUUUGAGAAAUAUCAUAAUUAAAGGAACUUUUUUAUCAACAAAAUUAAGUUGGAGCAACAAUAUACAUGUAAACUUGUGCAUGGUUUAUUUAGAUACCUCUUAAAAUCAUUUAUUUUGAAUGUUCGAUAUAAGCAUAUAAUUACAUAUUUUGAAUGUAAUAACUGCUACAUUUAUUGUCUUUUAUUAAAAUGUUACUCCUUAUGUAUUUUAUUGAUAACUGUAUGAAUAAAGAUUUAUGUUUUUGAAUUGAAUUGAAUUGACAAACACUGUACAUGUAUUCACUAUGUUUAAUUAAAAUGCAAUUGUAUCAUUAUUAGAUAAUUAUUAUUAGAUUUGUGUUUUUCUGUCAUGUUUACAUUGACAAUCUGUUCCCUUAACAAGUACAUGUAUUUAUAAUUAUGAAAGGAUAGUUCUACUCAUUAUGUGACAGUAUCAUAGUCAUAACAUUUUGUAUCUUUGUACCUCCAGCUAGAAAUGACCCAAAUGUUACUAUUAAGGUCUACAGACCUCAGAUUUGCAAGUUAUAUAUCCCGACCACUGCACAUUUUUGUUAGACACUUCAGUAAACAACUAUUUACAUCCUUUGUAACAGUUUCAGCUGGUUAAACAUAAUUAUGUAGAGAUGUUUUCUUAUUUAUAAGAUGUUAUACAAAAAUAUUAAAUUUUUGUCAGGGUAAAUCUAUUUUACUUUUUCAUUUUGGCACAUUAUGAAAAGCACAUACAUGUACAUGUUUUUUUUAAAAAUAUUUUGUGCAAUUAAUUUGUUAUACUCCCAUGACCUCUGAUGUCACAUGAUUGUUUAAUUAUCUAUGUAAUGAAACUUUUGAUUUAUGCAUCUAUUGAUUUAUGCAUAUUUUAAUGUAUGCAUCUUUUAAUUUAUGCAUUACUUUUAAUUUAUGCAAUAAUCUUUUUUCUUAAAUAAUGCACUAUUUGAAAAUUUAUGAAGAAUUGUCUUGUUUCCUUUUUCUUUUACUUUCAAUUGCCAAAUAAGCAUAGAUAUUACCAGAAAAGUUACAAGAUCAAGGGGAAAAAAAAUUCAGGAUUAAUAAUAAAUUUCAGGAUUUUCAGAAUACUAAAAGUCGUUUUUUUAUACAAUUUCUAAAUACAGGAUAUUUAAAAUUUCUAACUUUUACUCAUUGACUUUGAAAACAAAUAAAGAUAGU